AUGAGUUCCGAGUUAACGCGUCGGUAUCCUCAGCCGGUGUCAGUAUCAGCAGCAACUGCGCUUCAUUAUCGGCAGUUUCGUAACUCAAGCAGUGUAGCAUCUUCUUUGGGUUCCAUCCCUGAAUCGACUGAUCUAUUAAAUAUCAAAGCAGAUUUGGAAUCACUCUUGCCCAUCUCUGAAAAAAGAAUACGUCAUCUUCAGCGUGAUCUAACAAACUUGAAGAAGAAUAUACGAGCACGGGAUCUAACUGAUGAAGAGCAACGGAAGUUGGCUUAUAUUGACUCUUCUUCUUUUGUAGAUGACUCUUCCGAAAUUUCACAUUCAACUUCUUCACACAACAAAAACCAAAUGGAAAGACAACUUGCAUUAGAAGCUAUACGAAGGAAAAGAAAAAGAGAUGAAGAUUCAAAAAACUCUAUAUCCCGUAGUGAAUUGCCUCAUCAAGUUGUUAGAUUAAAGCGACUUGAUGAUAUGCCACCUCUUGGUGUUACACGUAGUAAAAAGAAAUCCAAUGAACCACACAAAAAAAGCAACCAUGUAAAUAACGAAGAUUUUAUACGUGUCAAAGCCAAAGACCAGAUCCCAAUCUUAACUUUCUGGUCUGCCAUGGACGCUCAUUUCCGCCCACUGUCAGAACAAGAUCGUGCCUUCUUGUUGGCUAAAGAAGACGAUGAAAAACUAUAUACCAUUCCACCUUUAGGAAGACAUUAUACCGAUGUUUGGUCCCUGGAUGAUUUCGAAAUGCCUGGUUUAUCAAAUACACCUUCUUUAAAAUACAUGCAUACAAUCACAGAAGAUCAGCUAUUCAAACAAGAUGUCAGUUGUGGAUUAUUAACAGAGAGACUAUUGAGUAGUUUAGUGAGGGAUUAUUCAAACAUGGAGCAUGAUAUAGACGAGGAAGAAGAAGAAGAAGAAAGUGAAGAUGUAGUGUAUGAUACACACAUUGUUGACUUUGAAGACAGACUAAAAAGGGAAUUACACUAUGCUGGAUUGUUUACUGAGGAUGAUGCAAGUAUAUUCUAUUUAUCUGAUGUUGCUUACAUAAUACAUAGGUAG